GCGGCUGUCAGAUUCAGCCGAGCACUGUAACGCUGCUGCUGUACUGGCGAGGAGCACACCGACACACAGGCUGGCUUGCUCACUUUCAGUGCUUCAAACAUGGACCAAGACAACAGUUCAGAGGAUGAGUCAGUCAGCCCAUCGGAGGACCCAUCAGAAGAGGAACUGCCUUGUCUACCUUCAGGGCAAUCGGACGGUGAAACAAUGGAGCUGCUUUGGCAGUUGCGAUCGCAGCGCCGCCAGUCGUCCCCUGAGCUCCCAGAGACAGUGACCCGUCUUACUGCCCCUGAUGGCAGCCUCCUAUACCUGGUGGGCACUGCCCACUUUAGUGACAGCAGCAAAAAGGAUGUGGCCAUGACAAUCCGCGCUGUGCAGCCAGACGUUGUGGUGGUGGAGCUGUGCCAGUACAGGGUGUCUAUGCUUAAGAUGGAUGAGAAUACACUGCUGAGGGAAGCCAAAGACAUCAGCCUGGAUAAGGUUCAGCAGGCCAUUAAACAGAAUGGGCUGAUGUCCGGCCUCAUGCAGAUUCUCCUGCUCAAAGUUUCAGCUCACAUCACAGAGCAACUGGGUAUGGCUCCUGGAGGAGAGUUUAGGGAGGCCUUCAAAGAGGCUGGACAAGUGCCAUUCUGUAAAUUUCACCUUGGGGACAGGCCGAUCCCUGUGACGUUCAAGAGGGCCAUUGCAGCUCUCAGUUUGUGGCAGAAGGCCCGUCUGGCGUGGGGUCUUUGCUUUCUGUCAGAUCCAAUCAGUAAAGAAGACGUAGAGAAGUGCAAACAGAAGGACCUGCUUGAACAGACCAUGUCGGAGAUGAUCGGCGAGUUUCCCGCUCUCCACCAGACCAUCGUGGCUGAAAGAGACAUCUACCUCACGCACACCCUCCGCCAGGCUACGCGCUGUGUGGAGCCACCCCAUAAUGCUCAGAGUGCGUAUUCAACUGAAGUGCCUGCUGUGGUGGUGGGAGUUGUCGGGAUGGGUCACGUCCCUGGCAUAGAAAAAAACUGGGAGAAACAGCUCAACAUACAUGAAAUCAUGAUUGUUGCUCCUCCCUCACGUUUUGGCUGGGUGCUGCGCGCGGCCGUAAAGGGUGUCGUGGUGGGAGUGCUUGGAUAUGCCUGCUACCGUGCUGGAGGGAGUAUAGGUAGAGCCCUCCUGUCUUUACCUGCAGUCCAAUCUUUACUGGAGACUCUACGGCCGCCCUGUGCUCUCAGCCAACAGUGACACGACCUUUGACUAUUGAAACAAUGCAUUUUUCACCAGUAGCCUUAAAAACCGGAGGUGAGGCUGGAGGAAUGGUUUCACCAGUCCACACUCUGAACUAACAAGGAUUUCAGGGGGUUAAGAGCCUCCCAGCUCGCAUGUCCCUGUAGAUGCAGCAGGGCCGUACUGCCAAAUAAACCACGACAGUACUCUCGUUUUCUUCCAGAUUUUGUGAAAAUCCUGCAUUUUGUAAGGUUUACAAAUGCCAAUAAUAUCUUGUGAAUGCAUUUCCAACUCCCCCACCUUAACUUUAAAUGAAUACAUUUCUAUUUGACAAGUAUCAUCAGAAUCAUCUUCAGUCACGUGCCCUGAUGUGACUGAGCCAUUUUCCAGGAGGCACUAACGCUGUACUCGUAUUCCUUUCUCCUUUCUGGUGCCUGACAGCAAUUUCGGUAAUUGGCCCAUUUCAAGUCCAGCAUUUUAUAAAAGAGUCAUGUACUGUAUGGAUGGGGAAAAGAAAGUACAAUAUCAAGUCAGUCACUAUACUCGUAAAUACAAUCUAGGAAUAAUCUUGGUGCAUGGAGUGACCCUUUUUAUAUGAGAUAAAUGUCGGAAUUCGAAGGCUGAUCGUCUUCAUUUAAAAAAAAGCUUCUAUUUGAAAUGCACAUCCUUACAUAUGUACGUAAGACAAAAGUAUUUCCCAUGUGCACGGUCCUGUCCACAUCAACAGACAAGUGCCUCAUGUGGCAGCAGUAAGGGCUAAUGGCAAAAAUAUGUAUAUGCGUCUUACACGUACUACAACCAAAUGGUCAAUGCAAUUUUCUAUUAUUCUGUCUUUAUAUAAUUAUAUGAUGGACUUUUUUUCUUUUCUUUUUUAUAAAUCCAGUUUCCCUUAAAAUUGCCCAUCUACUUUGUGUGAUGCAGGAUGCAGGCUUAAUGUGCCUCAGGAUGAGCAAUGCAUUUGUCUUGUAUAUUUAAUUGUAUCGCAGUAUAAAGCACGCAUUGGCUUGAACCGGCUCUAUCUGUGAGUAAGUUGUUCAUACUUGAACCAAAAUGAUGCAUCUUGUACAGAAAGACAUCUCUCAGAAACCUCCACAUGAGAACAUCUGUAAUUCAGCGCACCAGCUGUUUGUACUUUUAUGAUAAAUAUCCAGUUGGAUCGUUGAAUUGGAUAGAGAUGAUAGAAAAGUAAUUGGUUUAUUUCCUUCCGAGUUUUCGAACUUGACUGUAAUGAUUUCUCAGCAGAACUUUGUGAUUAGCUUGUUUUGACUACUGUGACAGAAAGAGAUCGUUUAGGUUGGUCAGAGUUUGGAGGUAAAGCCUUACACUGCUAUCGCUGCUGCCUUUGACCCUCAGAUGACCAACACUAACCUGUAUCCACAGUACAGAGCUUCUUAUUGCACGUGUACAAAACAGAAAGACAUCCCGGGAGCUUCAUGUGGAAGAUGACCUAACAAAUCAAACGUUCUGAAGGCAUUAACAAGUCUGCAAUGGCACAAACCAACAUCCUUUUCCAAGUAUUCCUUAUCUUACUUUUGAGUGAUUUUAUGUACAGUACUGGAAUUAUUCAGAUUUAAUUCUAAGAGCUAUGGCAGUAGAUCAUUUGCUGUCUUUUGUUUGUGAAAUGGUCCAAUGGACUAAUAUGGGACUUGAGUUAAAGAAGCAUUACCACUCAUAAAGUCCUCCACACAUCAAACUAACUCAGAUCUGUCUUCCAAUUGAUGAACCAUUUAUCUUGCUUAAGAGAUGAGGAUGUUGGGAACAGCUGUCGUCGUGACUCCCUCAGCAGUCUAACGCAUUCUAGCUUGAACAUUAUGUGUCUGUCUGUCUCCCAUGUUAUGUCCAAAGGUUUAUUCUAUUGUAUGUUGGAGAAUUGCCAAGAGAAAACUGUAUGAAUGCCGGUAUUCACUCCAGGAUUUGUUUCCCUGUGUUCUUGUGUGGUAUUGUCAUCGUCACCAAACAUUAAAUCCUAACUUCUGUAAUGAAUUGUGAAACCAUUUUAAGUAAAGAUAAACUCUAUUUACUUCA